AUGCUCUGUCGCUCGUUCAACAUCUCGCAGUUGGCGAUUCCGUUCGUGUGCGCGUUGAUCGGUUUUCUAGCGUACACGUCCCAGUUAUUUUUCUACUAUUUCGAGGAGGCACCCCUAAGAUCGCAAGAGUUCUGGCGCCUGAACAUCUUCGCUCUGUGCAUCUGGGUAUGCUAUUACCGCGCAUGUACUGUAGAUCCUGGCCGGAUACCCAAGGAUUGGAUGCCCUCCAACCUUGCGCAAUUGGAAAAGGAUUGCGCAGGGGGUAGGCAGCGCUGGUGUCGUCGAUGCGAGGCGUUUAAGCCACCGCGAGCGCACCAUUGCAAGACAUGUCAGAGGUGCAUUCCGAAGAUGGACCACCACUGUCCGUGGACAUCGAAUUGCGUGUCGCACUUUACAUAUCCUCAUUUUAUGAGGUUUCUGUUCUACGCCGUAGUAGGCAUGGGCUAUCUUGAGACUCUUCUCUUCGAGAGGACUUCUUUAGUCUGGGCAUCGCGCCAUCUUCCUAGUUACCUCGGCCCUAGCUUGGGACAACUGAUCCAUCUUUUCAUUUUGUUGGUGGUGAACAGUUUGACGUGGCUUGCACUAUUCAUUCUUUUGCUUCGAAGCAUCUGGUCCCUAGCUCUUAAUACCACGACUAUCGAAUCGUGGGAGAUUGAACGGCAUGAGACUCUGCUAAGACGAGCUCGGCAUUUUGGAGGGUAUCUGUCCGGACCGGGGCAGGAAUUUCCAUAUGAUAUUGGCAUAUGGUCGAAUAUCAAGGCCGGAAUGGGCGGAAGUGCGAACGUAUUGAGUUGGUUCUGGCCAUUUGCAGCUACUCCUGACCGGUCGACUGGUCUAGAAUUUGAAGUCAAUGGCUUUGAGGAUCCCAACCUCUCAUGGCCGCCACCAGACCCUGAUCGCAUUCCACUUCCUGCAAGGCGGGAGGAUAUGAGCGCCGCCAUUGCGGCUGCCGAUGCUUCGUACCACAGGGCUGUACAAGCGCGAAGUAUGCAGCGUUCCAACGAUGCCAGCCAUUCACAAGGACAUAACAUACAGCGUCGGAAACGCUUCCAUGACCGGUUUAAUGAAAAUGUGGCGAAAGGACGAAACUCUGAAAGCGAAAGUGACUCUUCCGAUGAUGGUGAAGUAGAGGACGGUGAGGAAGGCUGGAAGAACUCUGAAGGAGAUCGCCUCCGUGAUUUCGGCGUUGACGAGGAAGCCGAGUUCUACGACGAGGAAGACAUUCCUCUGGGCAUUUUGAUACAAAGACGUCGACAACAAUAG